AUGGUAGCGGCAGCAGGAGAAGCACACAAUGGAACAGAAAAGGCAGUAGAUUUGCAGCUGUAUAGGGGGAUCAGUAAUGGCAGAAAAUUUAUCUCCUGUUGGGACACUCCUAUUGUCAAAGCCAAUAACAGAACUGUGAGCUUCAUUCUUCUGAUCUCCAUCUUGUUGAGCUUCCUCUGCGUGUUUCUCUUUCUUGGACGUCCAGAGAACAUCACCUGCAUGCUCAGACAAACCUCAUUUGCAAUCUUCUUUUCGAUCACUGUGUCUUGUGUGUUGUCUAAGACUAUCACUGUUUUCGUUGCUUUUAAAGCCACUAAGCCCAAUAGUUUCUGGAAGAAGUGGAUGGAUAUAAAAAAAGCCAAUUAUGUGGUUUUUAUUUGUUCCUCGUUUCAAGCUCUUAUUUGCUGUUUUUGGUUAUCUGGUUCUCCUCCUCAUCAGGAGUUCGACUAUCACACUUAUCAUGAGAAGAUCAUCAUUCGGUGUAAUGAAGGGUCAGAUAUCUGGUUCUACUCUGUCUUGGGUUAUAUGGGGUUCCUGGCAGUGGUGAGCUUUGUUCUGGCUUUCAUGGUGAGGACAUUACCGGACACUUUUAAUGAAGCUAAAUCCAUCACCUUCAGCAUGCUGGUGUUCUGCAGUGUUUGGAUUGCUAUGAUCCCGGCUUAUCUGAGUACAAGAGGGAAAUACAUGGUGGCUGUGGAGAUAUUCGCCAUUUUGACCUCAUGUGCUGGAAUAUUAAGUUGCUUGUUUUUCCCAAAAAUGUAUAUUCUAAUUUUAAAACCUGAGAUGAAUUCUAAAAAACUAAUCCUAGAGAAAAGAAUUAUUUAG